AUGGAUCACCGGAGUCGACAUAGACAAUCUGCCAUUACUGGUACUGAGAAGAAAUCCAAUGACAUAAGGAUUGUGUUAAUUGGAAAAACUGGAGUGGGGAAGAGUGCAACUGGAAACACCAUUCUGGGGUGCAAAAUAUUUCAGUCUGAGGGCUGCGCAACAUCUGUAACGAAGGAGUGCCAAAGAGAGAGUGGAGAGGUCUGUGGGCGAUCUGUGACUGUGGUGGACACACCAGGACUCUUUGACACAACUCUCAGCAAUGACGAGAUCCAGCAGGAGAUCAUGAAGUGCAUCGAACUAUCAGCUCCUGGACCUCAUGUGCUUCUGUUAGUGAUCGCUGUCGGCCCAUUCACACAGGAAGAGAGAGAAACCAUUCAGCUCAUCAAGAUGACUUUCGGACAGAAAGCAGAGACCUACACUAUGGUGGUGUUCACACGUGGAGAUAAUCUUGGAAAUAGUAUUGAAGACUACAUUAGGAAAGGUGAUCCCCACCUCCAGGAGCUGAUCCAUGACUGUGGAGGAAGAUAUUAUGUAUUGAAUAAUAAAGAGGAUAACCCUGCUCAAGUCAAGGGUCUAUUAAAGAAGAUUGAUAAGAUGGUGUCAAAAAAUAAUCACACUUUCUAUAAUGAUCAAAUGUUUCGGGAGGCAGAGAGAGCACUCAGACUAUUCCAGCAGUACAAGAGGAGAGAAGAGGAGGUCAGAAAAGAGAUGAAGACCAUUAAAAUUAAAUAUGAGUCUGAAAUUCAAGAAAUUAAAGAGAAACUACAGGAGGAAAAAUUCAAAGGAAAAAGGAGGGAAAUGAUGAUCAAGCUGAAAUAUGGCACACUGUCUAGAAAACAUAAAGGAAAAACAGAUACAGCGAUAGAAACAACACAUGGUGCAACAGGAGGAGAAUUUGAACAAGACUGCAAGAAAAUUAUAAAAUGGAAAGGCAUUAAAAUUGGAAAUAUCACAUGGAGAAAAAAAGAAACACAACAAAGGCAAAGGGCUGAAAUGUAUUUUGAAGAAAAUGAAGCAAAAGAAACUUCAAGUGGAGAAGAGGAAAGAGAUGCAAUAAAACAUAUAGAUCAGACGAUCAGCAAAGAUACUGACACACCUAAUAAAGACAACACCCUCAUAAAAUCAGGAGAUAAUAUUGAGCAAGCAAACAUGGAUUUUCCUAAAUUAUCAGAGAAUUUGAGGGAAACAGUAAAAGAUAAAUUUUUGCUCCAGAAGAUAAAUGAAAUGGAGGAACACAUGCAGCUGAUGGCAGAUGACAUAAGAAUGUACAGAGACAUCACUGGGAUUCUUGCUGCAGAAGUCAAAAGAAUUCAAGAAAGAAAUUCGGAUAAUAUUAACAGAUUUCAAAAGAAUCAUGGAAAAUGUGUGCUUCAAUAA